UUAGCUUCAAAAGCCCAAACCCGACCCAUGAUUCAAAAGCCCACAUUUUCAUAACCCUUUUAAGUUCACCUCACAAACACCAUUAGGGUUUCUCCAUUGCACAUUCUCUUCUUCUUCCGCCUCUUUCAUCAAACAACAUCAACAAUGGCACCAAAGCGCGGUGGAAAAGCACCAGUUGCAGCAGCGAAGAAGAAUACCGCAUUGAAAGUGGUGAACCCACUUUUUGAGAAGAGGCCUAAGCAAUUUGGGAUCGGUGGUGCUUUGCCACCAAAGAGAGAUUUGACAAGGUUUGUGAAAUGGCCGAAAAAUGUUCAGAUUCAAAGGAAGAAGAGGAUCCUUAAGCAGAGGUUGAAGGUUCCACCUGCUCUUAACCAGUUCACUAAGACGCUUGAUAAAAAUCUUGCAACAAACCUUUUCAAGAUGCUCCUCAAGUACAGGCCUGAGGACAAAGCUGAAAAGAAGGAGCGUCUUUUGAAAAGGGCCCAAGCCGAAUCUGAGGGCAAAACAGUUGAGACAAAGAAGCCUAUUAAUGUGAAAUAUGGUCUCAACCAUGUUACCUAUCUUAUUGAGCAGAACAAGGCUCAACUUGUUGUGAUUGCUCACGACGUCGACCCAAUUGAACUUGUUGUCUGGCUUCCAGCUUUGUGCAGGAAGAUGGAAAUUCCCUACUGCAUUGUCAAGGGCAAAGCACGUCUGGGAACAAUUGUUCACAAGAAAACUGCUUCCGUUUUGUGCUUGACAACCGUCAAGAACGAAGACAAAAUGGAAUUUAGCAGAAUCCUAGAAGCCAUCAAGGCCAAUUUCAAUGACAAGUUUGAGGAAAACAGGAAGAAGUGGGGUGGUGGUAUUAUGGGUUCCAAAUCUCAAGCAAAAACAAAGGCCAAAGAAAGACUCAUUGCCAAGGAAGCUGCUCAAAGAAUGACCUAGAAUUUCUAUUUGCUUUGGUUAUUUUUAGAACUUUGAGGUUGUUAUUGUCCUAUAUUUUUGGUGGAGGUUUUAAACAAGUAAAAUGUGCGAUUUUCCUUUCAUUCUGUUAGCUUGUAAUUCACAAUCAAUGGUUUCAAUACCUGCACUUUUGCUGAUUUAUUUCAGUAGUUGUUUUAGACUUAAAAAUCGAAUAUGUUUCCGUUAUGAAGUACUCUUUCAUCUUUCUUAUUUA